CGCUAGGGUUUAUCGGAGGUUUCUUCUCCAAAAUCCCGCUCAAAAUCUCUCCCCUUCAAGGUAAGAAAAUACCUGAAACCCUCUCUCUUCAAAUCUCUCAGCCUCCUCUACAUCUCUCUCAAUUUCUCUCUAAUACAACCCUUCAAGCCAUAGAAGGAAAGAUGACGAAGGUGUACGGAGUGGGCGUCUACGAUUUCAAGCGCCACCGCGUCGCAGAAUACCCCGUGGAAUUGGCGGGCGCCGACGGCCUCGGUAAGCCCGCGGAUCAGCGUCCCGGCACCAACCUCUCCAACUCCAUCACCCUCGUCGAGAUCCAACACGACCGUCUGACGAAGAUCGCUACCGCCAACUGGGCCAAGACCGGCACCGAUCUCAAGCCGUUUGAUCCAAAUCUCGUGAAGGAGAUCUAUGACACCGAGCUCCUCGUCACCACCGGGCAGAAGACUGUCCCGCUGCAACGGGUCAUGAUCCUGGAGGUGAGCCAGUACCUGGAGAACUACCUCUGGCCGAAUUUCGAUUCGGAUACGGCCACGUUCGAGCAUGUCAUGUCCAUGAUCCUCAUGAUCAACGAGAAGUUUCGAGAGAAUGUUGCGGCAUGGAUUUGCUUCUAUGAUAGGAAGGAUGUUUUCAAGGGGUUCUUGGGAAGGGUUCUCCGGCUGAAGGAGCAGCAUGCAAGAAGCUUAACUAUAGCGGAGAAGACCAACUACUUGCUUUUCAUGAUCAAUGCUUUUCAGAGUUUGGAAGAUGAGCUUGUAAGUCAGACCGUCUUGAAGUUGGUCAGCUUGCAGUUGUGGCAUAGUCUUUCAUUUGGUAAAUUUCAGAUGGAGCUAUGCCUUAAUCCACAUCUAAUCAAGAAGUGGAAAAGAAUGAAUACAAAGGAAGCAAAGGAAGCUAUGAAAGGAGGGUUGCCCUUUGACCCCUCGAACAUGCUUGAAGUGAAGUUCUUAAGAAAUCUAAUUGAAGAGUUUCUAGAGAUACUAAGUUCCAAAGUUAUAUUACAAAAACAGAGUGAUCAUGAAAAGACCGGACUUGAUGUUUAUAAUGGUAAUGAAAAAGUUGAUGAUGCUUGUGUUUUGUACUGUGAGAGGUUUAUGGAAUUCCUGAUUGAUCUAUUAAGCCAACUGCCUACAAGGAGGUAUUUGAAGCCUGUUGUGGCUGAUGUUGCUGUUGUUGCUAAAUGUCAUUUAAGUGUUCUUUAUACUCAUGAAAAGGGGCAGCUUUUUGUACAACUGGUGGACCUGCUACAGUUUUAUGAAGGUUUCGAGAUUGAUGAUUUUGAUGGGACGCAGAUGAGUGAUGACAGUGUGCUCCUUGCUCAUUAUUCUCGCCUGCAAGCUUUCCAAUUACUUGUAUUUAAAAAAAUCCCUAAGUUGGGAGACCUUGCGUUGGUCAACAUCGGUUCAAUUCAUAAACGUGCUGAUCUCUCAAAGAAAUUGGCUGUAUUAUCUACAGAGGAGCUACAAGACUUGAUCUGCAAUAAGCUCAAAUUGGUAUCCAAUGAAGACCCAUGGGCCAAGAGGGCUGAUUUUCUUAUUGAGGUUGCGGUCUCCUUUUUUGGAAAACGGCAGUCCCAGAAGGAAGCUAUAAAUGCCCUUCCUCUCUACCCAAACGAGCAGAUAAUGUGGGAUGAAAGCCUUGUACCGAGUAUCAACUACUCUGGGGAAGGAUGCCUGGCUCUCCCAAAGCUUAAUCUGCAGUUUUUGACAUUUCAUGAUUAUCUGUUGAGAAAUUUCAAUCUUUUCCGGCUUGAAUCAACAUACGAAAUCCGUGAGGAUAUUCAAGAGGCCAUACCGCACCUUCUUGCUUACAUAAACAAUGAGGGAGAAACUGCGUUUCGGGGUUGGUCAAGGAUGGCGGUGCCAAUCAAGCAAUUUAGGAUUGCGGAGGUAAAGCAACCAAAUAUUGGAGAAGUAAAGCCAUCAUCUGUUACAGCUGAGGUUACAUUCAGCAUUUCCAGUUAUAGAGCACAUAUAAGAUCAGAAUGGAAUGCCCUUAAAGAGCAUGACGUCUUAUUCCUACUUUCUAUUCGCCCCUCUUUUGAGCCCCUGAGUGCAGAGGAAGCUGAAAAGUUGAGUGUACCCGAAAGGCUUGGCCUUCAGUUUGUACGCGGAUGUGAAGUAAUUGAGAUACGUGAUGAGGAGGGAGUUCUCAUGAAUGACUUCACUGGGCGAAUUAAAAGAGAUGAAUGGAAGCCGCCUAAGGGGGAAAUGCGCACAGUGACUGUUGCCUUAGACACAGCACAGUACCACAUGGAUGUCACGGAUAUUGCAGAAAAAGGUGCAGAAGAUGUUUAUGGGACAUUCAACAUUUUGAUGAGAAGAAAACCUAAGGAAAACAAUUUCAAAGCAAUUUUGGAGUCCAUACGAGACCUCAUGAAUGAAUCUUGUAUUGUUCCUGACUGGCUGCAUAAUGUAUUCUUGGGGUAUGGAAACCCUUCUGCUGCACAAUGGACAAACAUGCCUGAUCUUUUGGAAAAAGUGGACUUCAAAGAUACUUUUCUUGAUGCAAACCAUUUGAGGGACGGUUUCUCAGAUUAUCAGGUUUGCUUUACGAACCCAGAUGGCACAGAGAAUUUAAAUCCAGAACCCCCUUUCCGAAUAACAUUGCCCAAGACACUGAAGGGUAAUGCUUAUGCACUCCCAGGAAAUAAGAAGUCCGGCAGUACAACCACAACGAAUGAUGUUAAUAUGGCUGAUGGAAAUGCUGAGAAAGAAAAGCUUAUUGUUGAGGCAUAUGUUCCUCCUGAUCCUGGGCCUUAUCCCCAAGAUCAGCCAAAGCAGAACUCAGUUAGAUUUACUCCCACUCAGAUAGGAGCAAUCAUAUCGGGUAUUCAGCCAGGGCUGACGAUGGUGGUAGGUCCCCCAGGUACCGGGAAGACAGAUACCGCUGUGCAGAUCUUGAAUGUUCUUUAUCAUAACUGCCCUUCUCAGAGAACAUUAAUCAUCACUCAUUCAAAUCAGGCUCUGAAUGAUCUUUUCGAGAAGAUAAUGCAGAGGGAUGUCCCUGCGCGAUACCUUCUCCGCUUGGGUCAAGGUGAACAAGAGCUGGACACGGAUCUUGAUUUCAGCCGACAAGGCCGUGUGAAUGCAAUGCUUGUCCGACGAUUAGAGCUGCUGAGUGAAGUUGAGAGACUUGCUAGAUCUCUUCAAUUGCCGGAAGAUGUGGGUUAUACUUGUGAAACUGCUGGAUACUUUUGGUUGCUCCAUGUUUACUCACGUUGGGAGCAAUUUCUUUCUGCCUGUGCACAAAAUCAAGAUAAACCAACAUUUGUCAAAGACCGCUUCCCCUUUCAGGAGUUCUUCUCUAACACACCUCAGCCAGUUUUCACUGGCCAGUCAUUUGAAAAGGACAUGCGGGCAGCAAAAGGGUGCUUCCGCCAUCUUACAACCAUGUUUCAAGAGCUUGAGGAGUGCAGGGCCUUUGAAUUGCUGAAAUCAACGGCUGAUCGAGCAAAUUAUCUGAUGACCAAGCAGGCAAAGAUUGUGGCCAUGACAUGCACCCAUGCUGCUCUGAAGAGAAAGGAUUUUCUUCAGCUGGGCUUCAAGUAUGACAAUUUGCUUAUGGAGGAAAGUGCACAGAUUUUGGAGAUAGAGACAUUCAUCCCAAUGUUGCUUCAAAGACAGGAAGAUGGUUAUGCACGGCUGAAGAGGUGCAUACUGAUUGGUGAUCAUCACCAGCUGCCACCAGUCGUGAAAAACAUGGCUUUUCAAAAGUAUAGCCACAUGGAUCAGAGCCUUUUCACAAGGUUUGUUCGUCUUGGUAUUCCUUAUAUUGAACUCAAUGCCCAGGGUAGAGCAAGACCAAAUAUAGCAAAGCUUUACAACUGGAGAUAUAGGGAUCUGGGUGACCUUCCUUAUGUGCGCGAGGAAGUUAUCUUUCAUAAAGCUAAUGCUGGAUUUUGCUACGAAUAUCAGCUGGUUGAUGUUCCUGAUUACCAUGGACGGGGUGAGAGUGCUCCGUCGCCUUGGUUCUAUCAAAAUGAAGGGGAGGCUGAAUAUAUUGUUAGUGUAUACAUGUACAUGCGUUUGCUUGGUUACCCUGCCAGUAAGAUAUCCAUUUUGACCACAUACAAUGGCCAGAAACUUCUGAUCCGUGAUGUUGUCAACAGGCGGUGCAUGUCAUGUGGUAUUGGCCCACCUAGCAAGGUUACAACAGUUGAUAAAUUCCAAGGUCAGCAAAAUGACUUUAUUUUGCUCUCUCUGGUUCGUACUCGUUUUGUGGGUCACCUUCGCGACGUUAGAAGAUUGGUUGUUGCCAUGUCUCGAGCACGAUUGGGGUUGUAUGUGUUCUGCCGCCGAUCUCUGUUCGAACAGUGCUAUGAGCUACAACCAACAUUCCAGCUUCUGCUUCAGAGACCAGAUCGUCUUGCCUUGAACCUAGACGAGACCACUCCAUAUACAGAACGUCUUACUGGAGAUACUGGGAGGAUUCAUUUCGUAAGUGACACACAAGAGAUGGAUGGUAUCGUCAACUUCAAACUUCAUCAGCUCUACCAGGCACAAGUAAUGGGGCAUGCUUAUAAUCAGUUCUGUGCUUAUCCGGAUAGAGCUGCAGCCCAUGCCAUGGAUGCAGAUGCGGAGCACAAUGAGCAUCAGGAUCUAUUGUCUCAGCCCCAAACAGGACAUGCUGGUUUACCCCAUGCCAUGGAUGCAGAUGAUGAGCACGAGCAUCAGAACCCGUCCUCCCAGCCCCAUACAGUAAAUGCUGAUUUACCACCUGAAAAUGGUGAAAAUAGUAACUCACCUGACAUGGAUGCAGACGUGGAGCACAACGUGCAUCAGAUUCCGCCAUCUCCGCCCCUUACAGGAGAUGCUGCUUUACCUCAUGCCAUGGAUGCAGAUGAGGAGCAGGAGCAUCAGAGACCAUCCUUGCAGCCCCACACAGGAGACGCUGAUUUACCCCUUGUGAAUGUUGAAAAUGGCAACUUACACGACAGUGGCUCAAAGGAUGAGACUCUAACGGAUGAGUGACCAUAUUCAAUCUUCCGGCUGCAGUGACGCUGAUGUAGCUUUGGCAUGUGAAUCCAACGUGGUGCUCCCUCGUGAUUAGAUGCCAGAUGCCCCUUUUGAAGACAAGAAAAUGGCUUCAUUCAUACAAAUGUUGUCUCUCCUUCUCAACGUAAAAGGUGCUUGAACAGAUGCUGGGAUACACAACUUCUCUCAACAGUACAUGCAAUCAGGUGCGGCAAUUGGUUCUACCUUGAUAUGUAGGAUCUGCCUUGUUUAAUGCCUUUAACCAUGCAACAGCCCAUUAGUCUAUUGCCUGUAGAGUAUUUGAGUCUCUAGUCUACACAGCAUGUGAUAGCUCAAUGGCCUAUCUUGAUCAAUGGAGGUCCAUAGUUCAGUCACAACGGCUGUUUGUUUUGAGCGGACAUUUGUAACUCAAAUCUGUAUGUAUGAGAGCUCUGCCACAGUUCUGAUUUUUCAUUUCCACAUUGAUGUUGAUGGAGAGCAGGAACUGCAGAUGUAGAAACUAACGUGUAUUAAUGCAUGGCUUGGGUUGGCCAGGCCUUGGCUUUCUCAGA